UCUCACUUCAGACUCCAGACUACAGAGUUCUUUAUCUUUUGCUUAAGAUUAAUGGCAACCCACACUGUUACUCGGUCUUCUUCCUCCUCUGGACGGAAUUAUGAUGUAAUACUGAAUUACAAAGAAGAAGAACGAGAAGAAACAGGUAACAAUUUUGCAAGUAAGCUCUACACUUUCCUGGAGAAGGCCAACAUCAAAACAUUCAAGGACGAUGCAGAGAUCUCGAAAAGAGGAGAUCAUAUCUCUGCUGAUGCGGUCAUGAAAGUAAUCAAGGAAUCAAGAUGUGCAAUAAUCUUAUUCUCGUGGAACUAUGCUUCUUCAACACGAUGCCUUGAAGAGCUUUCCUUGAUAAUGGAAUGCAGAAAAAAGAAUGGGCAAAGGGUAAUUCCUGUGUUCCUCAUGGGUGUCGAAGGAUCCAACGUACGGCGUCAAAAGGGGAGCUUUGAGGAACCUUUUCGCCGGCACGAAGAGAAUUUGAAGCGAGAGGUGGUGGAAAGGUGGAGGUUAGAUCUGAAAAUAGCAGGUGAACUAUGUGGAUUGAACUUGAAAGACUUUCUUGACAGGGAAGAAGAGUUGAUUCAAAAGAUAGUGAAAGACGUCAUCCGAUAUACCAAGAGAAAAAAGCAAGUGACAAGGCCGCUUUCUCCAGAGCCUGUGAUAGAGAUCCCAAACAAGUUGAUAAUCAAGAACCAGCCAUCAACCAAAAGCAUGCUGCAGCAGAUGUUUGAUUGGAUAUGUGAUCCUGAUCCAUGUUUUGGCAUAAUUGGGGUACAUGGUAUGGGGGGAGUGGGUAAAACCACCUUGGCCAAAGAAGUAAACAAUCGCUUGAAAAGAGAUUUGGCCAACGGAGUAGACAUACCUUUUGAGACUGUGAUAAUGGUCACAGUGUCUGCCACUCCUAACAUACGGCGUAUCCAAACCUAUAUCAGUAAGCGCCUUGGAUUACCAGAUGAUAGUCAUGAAGCUGUUGCAUUGUUCAAUGCCCUAAUGCAGAAGAAAUUUCUUCUAAUCUUGGAUGAUGUGUGGACCGAAUUAAUGCUGGAGGAUGUUGGAAUCCCUCGCCCUCCAAAUGACAAAGGAAGCAAGAUCUUAGUGACCAGUCGAAAUCGAGAAACAUGCAUUGAUAUGGGUGCUACGAAAACAAUAAAUGUGCAUCCACUGUCAGAAUCUGAGUCAUGGGAUCUCUUUGUUGAAAAAGCUGGUGAACAUGUUGCUACUAAUGAUAUAAAGCCCUGUGCUGAAAAAAUUGUUCGAAGGUGCAAGGGUCUUCCCCUCGCAAUUGUCAUUGUGGCCCAUGCAAUGGCAAAACAACAGGGAGUUGAAAUGUGGGAGAAUGCCUUGAGGGAAAUGAAGCAAUUAGACAAAGAUUUCCGAGGUAUGAUAGAUGAAGUACUUCUUCCUUUGAAAUUCAGUUAUGAUAGUUUGGACAAUGAAAUGCUCAAGAGUCUCUUUCUCUACUGUGCCUGUUUCCCUGAAGACUAUAACAUAAGGGGAGACCUAGACGACAUGUUAAAUUAUUGGGUUGGAGAGGUAAUAGUAGAUCAGUUAGGGAGUUUGAAAGCUUCAAGGGAUAAAUUUGAGGAUCUGAUUCAGAGUUUGAAAAAAUCUUGCAUGUUGGAAGAUGGGGAGGAGAAAGGUAGUGUGAGGGUGCAUAAUAUCAUGCGAGACCUUGCACUUUGGAUCACUUCUUCAGAGUACUCUGACAGUAGCAUCAAGUUCUUGAAUAGGACAGGUAUAUCAGUUAAAGAGGCACCAAGGGCUCAUGAGUGGGUAAAUGCAUCAAGGAUUUCAUUAAUAGGUACCCAAAUAAAGAAGUUCCCAGAGUUGGGAGAGACAUGCCAAAAGCUAACUGCUUUCUUAUUCAGGGAAAAUAAGCACUUCAGUGUUAUUCCCCAAACAAAUUUCUUGCAACACAUGGGGCAUCUUAGAGUACUCGAUCUUUCUAAGUCACAGAAUUUAGUAUCUCUCCCAAAUUCUUUGUCGUGUUUGGUGAAUCUUCGGGUGCUUAGGCUACAUAUGUGCAAAAGGUUGAGAGCAUUGCCUUUGCCUGUACUAGGAAUGCUCCGACAACUCCAAGUUUUAGAUUUGGGUUGGUGCUCUCAGUUGGACCAGCAAAUCCUCGGAGGAUCUGAAUGUGAGAGAUUAAGAUACUUGGAUGUGAAAUUUUCCAAAGUUUCUAUUCCAGCUGGGGUAAUUUCUGGUUUGUACAAUUUGGAGGAAUUAAGAUUUUAUGCAUCCAAUAAAAUAAAAUGGAGAGUGAAUUCUGGUGAAGAAGAUGAAAAAAUGGAUGGGAGUGAGUCUACUAGUGGCGAGUCCAUCAUUGAUGUGAGGGAGUUGUCCUGCUUGACUUAUUUAACAUCUCUUUCCAUUUCAUUUGAAGAUAUCAUUAUUUCUGAUUGGUUUAAACCUUUGGCCAACAAGAUUAUUGCCUUGAGUCUGAAUCAUUGCACAGUCGAAAAACAAGAUGCUCUAGAAGCUCUCAACCUUGAUAAAUCCCAAAAUCUAUGGCAGUUAAUAAUUGAGGAUUGCCCAGGUUUGUCAUGUGUGCGCAUUGGUUCUGUAUUAACUGUAAUUAGAAACUGUGAAGACUUGGAGGUGGUGUUGGAUCGUCAGGAUGUCUACCCCAACCAAUAUUACCUUCACGAGUUACACCUAGAAGGAUUGCCAAAAUUGAGAAGGACAUGGGUUAGUCUGGAACCACUAAAUUGCUUUGGUCAACUGUCAUUGAUAGUAAUUGAGAAAUGUAAUAGCUUGACGAUGGUCUUCACGGAGGAAAUGCCACGCCUAUUUAACAACUUGAAGGAAAUUAGAGUUGGGCAUUGUGUGAGAUUGGAAGUACUUAUUGAAGCAGAGGAAGAGGAAGAAGAAGAAGUUGGGGAGGGUGGAAUCAUCUCACUCUUCCCAAGGCUGGAGGUUUUAAAGCUGGAAGACCUACCAACAUUAACUGGGGUGUGCACAGAUCAGACUACAUUGCAUUGCCCCCUUAUAAGAGAAGUGAAGGUGAGUAACUGUCCCAGGUUGAAGAAGGAUCCUCUCCGCAUACGAAACAAGGAUGGGCUACUUGUAAUCGAGGGUGAACAGUGGAGAAGAGGCAACAAGGUCAUGGAAGAGUAAAUUCAAGUUUCUCAGUGAGUGUCACAAUUCUGGAUAGAGUCCCACACGUUUCAUUCAUUCACUUCUCAUAUCUGUGCUCUUACCUCACUCUCUGUAUUGUUUUUUUGGUGAUUUCUCUCUCUCUCUCUCUCUGUCUUAUUUACUCUAUUGUAUUGGGCAAUUACGGUUUUUUUUUUUUAAAUAAAUUCAAUUGUUCAUGUUGGUCUCUUACUCUA